ACCAACCCAACCCAACCCAAGUACCCAACCAGAGCGUCCAUCGUCUCCCCCGCUUCCUUCGCCUCGACUCAAACCAAACCCCACCCCACCCACGCGCACUCCGCCGGCAGUCCGCUUCACUCCCGAGCCAGCCAGCGAGCGGGUGUGCCGAUGGCGGGGGGCGGGGAGAAGGUGGACUACGUCUUCAAGGUGGUGCUCAUCGGCGACUCGGCGGUGGGCAAGUCGCAGAUCCUGGCGCGGUUCGCGCGCAACGAGUUCAGCCUCGACUCCAAGGCCACCAUCGGGGUCGAGUUCCAGACGCGCACCGUCGUCAUCGAGCACAAGUCCGUCAAGGCGCAGAUCUGGGACACCGCCGGCCAGGAGAGGUACAGAGCUGUCACAAGUGCGUACUACAGAGGUGCGUUGGGAGCUCUGCUAGUCUAUGAUAUCACCAAACGCCAGAGCUUCGACCACAUACCUCGCUGGCUGCAGGAGCUUCGUGGCCAUGCUGACAAGAACAUUGUCAUCAUGCUGGUCGGCAACAAGAGCGACCUCGAAGAUGAGCGUGCGGUGAGCACCGAAGAUGCCAAGGAGUUCGCCGAGAAGGAGAACCUCUUCUUCCUGGAGACCUCCGCACUGCAGGCCACCAAUGUCGAGAACGCCUUCCAGACCGUCUUGACGGAGAUAUUCAAAAUCCACAGCAAGAAGAACAUAGCGGCAGACCCAAAGGCUAACGGGGCUGGCCCAUCACUAGCAGGGAAGAAGGUCCUUGUCCCAGGACCGGCGCAGGAGAUCCCCAAGAGCAAGUGCUGCAGUUCCAUCUGAUGAUAUCUUUCCCGAAUUUCUUGGGGUUUCUGUGUGUCGAAAAUACUCACGCGAUCUUUCUGGAUGUACAUCCCAACUGAAAUAGGCGUAGAUUCGAAUUAUUGGUUAGUUUGAUGUGAGGAUUGAAGGGAUCGGUACCAUAGUUCAGAUUUGUCACCCAUGUCUGGUGACACGAGGAUAAGGGGAACGAGGAGAACAGCUCUAGACUUGUGGGAUUAAUUACAAAUAGCCCUGUAAGCCGAUUGUUUUAUGAUGCUUUGGAGCUCGUGUACGGUGAUACACAUUAUAUCAACCUGCUGCUAUUGCCAUGA